CUCCUCGCCCGCCGGGUGCUGAAGUUGGGCGGAUGGCAGCAGACCCGCUCCGCUAGAGGACCGAGCAGCCGAGCCUCGCGCCCCCGGACCCCUCGGUGCGCUGCCCACACCUCCAGGCGACUGGCCAGUUGGGUCCGAAAGUAGCUGAAAUGCGAAAAAGACAGCAGACACAAAAUGAAGGAACACCUGCUGUGUCUCAAGGGCCCGGAAACCAGAGACCCAACAACACGUGUUGCUUCUGCUGGUGCUGUUGCUGUAGCUGCUCCUGCCUCACUGUGAGGAAUGAAGAAAGAGGGGAAAAUGCGGGAAGACCCACGCAUACCACAAAAAUGGAGAGCAUCCAGGUCUUAGAGGAAUGCCAAAACCCCACUUCGGAUGAAGUCUUGUCCUGGUCUCAAAAUUUUGACAAGAUGAUGAAGGCCCCAGCAGGAAGAAACCUUUUCAGAGAGUUUCUCCGAACAGAAUACAGUGAAGAGAACCUACUUUUCUGGCUUGCUUGUGAAGACUUAAAGAAAGAGCAGAACAAAAAAGUAAUUGAGGAAAAGGCCAGAAUGAUCUAUGAAGAUUACAUUUCUAUACUAUCACCAAAAGAGGUCAGUCUCGAUUCUCGAGUUAGAGAGGUGAUCAAUAGAAAUCUGUUGGAUCCUAAUCCUCACAUGUAUGAAGAUGCCCAACUUCAGAUAUAUACCUUAAUGCACAGAGAUUCUUUUCCAAGGUUUUUGAACUCUCAAAUUUAUAAGUCCUUUGUUGAAAGUACUGCCAGCUCUACUUCUGAAUCUUAAUUUUCGUUAAAAAAAAAAAAUCAUUUUGGAGGGCUGGGAUGGGAAAUAAAAGUAGUUAAAUUACACCAGAAACUGAGUUCCUGGAGAACUACAGUUUAGCAUUCCUCAGGCUACUGUGAAAAUACAACCAUAUGGUCUUUGUCUCCAUUUUUAUCAAGGUUAUCCUGGUUAAGUUUGGAGAAAACACCACACGAAAACAACGGAUUGCCAAAUUAAGUUUGUUUUAUUCAACACUCAUUCUACUUGCAAGCAAACUGUAUUUGUAGUCCUAUGAACAGUCUCCUAGUGUAUCCCCAGAGACUGCAUGUGCAAAGUAAAACUGCUUCAUUUGCCACAUAGCUGUUGUAAUAUUUAAUCCAAUGGCGUAACUUAUAUCUGUAUUUAAGGACUUUUGUGCAAUAUGGUCUUAUAGAAAUAAUUGCCAAAAAAUUGGCUGUGGUUUGCAUUUUUAAAUAUAAUCUAAGAGAGAAAAAGCCAAUUUUUAAGUUCUAACAAUGGUAUUCAACAUGUUAUAUACUGUGUUCAGUACACUCAUUUUGAAGCCAAUAUUUCUGUACAUGGAAAAAGAGCUAUUUAUCUCUGCUUGUUGGGAAAUCCUAAUGGGGGAUUCCUCUGGUUGUUCACUGCCAAAACUGUGGCAUUUUCUUUACAGAAUAGUUUGUUAUGUAAAAACAAAACAAAACAAACAAUAAGAAGAAGAAAAGAGUAAAAAAGCACAAAACAAUUUGAAGAUAUUCUAUCUCAAUGACAAAUCAAAGCGUGAUAGUUGUUUUUAAUUGUAAUAGAGGAAAAUCUAUGUAUAUAUCAGAUGUCCAAUACUGUAAUUAAUUUAUUAAAGACUGGCUCUCCAGUUCUAAAACGGUUGUGUAAAGUAUGUACUUUAGCAAGAAAAAAAAUACUAAGCUCGAUAACUUAGUUUUUGGAAUAUAUAUUUAAAAAAAGGAUUUAAUAAAGGAAUGCCUAAAUGUAGCAUCAUAAAACA